AUGUCGCGCUUCGGGCGCUCCGGGCAGCCGGAGAACCGCGACACUUUCUCCCUCCUCGUCCUCAACGUCUCCUUCCGCACUACGGCUGACGAUCUCUUCCCGCUCUUCGACCGCUACGGCGAGGUCGUCGACAUCUACAUCCCGCGCGACCGCAGGACUGGGGAUUCGCGAGGGUUCGCGUUCGUGAGGUACAAUUACGAGGAUGAGGCGCAGGAUGCCAUUGACGGGCUUGAUGGGAUGAGGUUUGAUGGGCGGGCGCUCAUGGUGCAGUUUGCCAAGUACGGGCCCAAUGCUGAAAAGAUCUUGGAUUGUUCAUCUGUUGAAGCAUCCCUGUGGUCUAGGUUGAUGUAUGUGUUCAAUGGAUGGAAAUCACUUCAGGGGCUUACUUGUGUCAUAGGGGUAGAAUUACAGAAGAAAAUCCAAAGCCAAGGGGUCGUUUCAGAAGCCGCAGUCCAAGACAGAGGUAUCGAGAGGAUUAUCGGGAUAGAGACUAUAGAAGGAGAAGCCGGAGCAGAAGUAGGGAGCGAUAUGAACAGGACAGGUACAGAGAUAAUGAUCACCGUCGCCAUAGGACUUGCAGUAUCAGUCCUGAUUAUGACAGGAAACAUAACAGACACAGUGGGUCUCCUGUUCGUAAAAGCCCCAGUCAUAGCAGAAGCCAUUCACCUCGUAGGGCACCUCAUGAAGGAACACCUAGCAAGCCCAGAGAUGGCCGCGCUGCAUGUUCGGGAAGCCCUUGACCCUAAGCUGAAUAUCACACAGCUUCUCACGGACAGCUUGAGGCAUCUAGACAGUUCUCAUCAUUUGUAUUUUCUUUCUUUUAACUGGUAUGUUACUAAGAUGGCCUUUGUUUCAGUUCAGGUUGAGUAG